AGAUGACGCUGUAAGCAGACAACACAUGAUGGUAGUAACUGGAUUAUUGGGAACCUUUCCUGUCUCUAGAUGGUCUCUGGUGUCAGCCAACAGUGCGUAAAUAAAGACGUGACAGUGAACCUUCAUGGCUGGAGUACACAAACAUGUUAUGGGCAUGUCAGAAGAGGCUGUCCUCCUACACGGUAAUGGGGACCUAACUCAGUGUGCUUCUAAGCUGAAACUUUUACAGCAGCAGCUUUUAGAUGUUGACAGGUGGAAGCUGGAUACAUCUAUCUUUUGGAAUAUAUGUGGAAUAAUCCAAGGAGAAGUAACUAAAUGGAACCAAGACUCCAUGUUCCAGCCGUCAGUUGAAAGCCUUACUGUAGUGACCACUUCCCUCUGUUGUCUGCGAAACACCUUCCCACACUGUUCUAGAAAUCAAUUACUGGUGGCUGAGUCAGUUGAUCUUGUGGACCCCAUCAUAUCCUGUACUCAGUGGACAUUCAGAACAGCGGACAGAGACAACAAGAGGGUGGUAUUGACGGAGGAAGACUCGCAUCAAAAUCCUUUAACUACGACAGAGAACAAUAAUGACUGCCACAAAGAGGUAGUUGAAACACCGGAACAAGAUGUACUGAGUGACAGAAACUCACACAGUGAAUGGAAGAAGGCACAUUCCACUUUAGCCUCUGCCUGUGUUACCUGUUUGGGGAACAUGGUGGCUGCCAACUCCCUGACAAGAAAGCUAAUUUGGCCACACUUGUUACCAGUAUUACGAGACCUGCUUGGAUAUCCUGACUGGCAGGUGUCUCAAAUGGCAUCAAUGAUUCUACAUAAUUGCCUUCUAGAGGAGGGCCUACGAAAAGAACUCUGCAGGAAUAAUCAGGUGAAGGUCAUUGUAAACAAGUUACUGUCCCUGUAUGUGAAUGAGAGUCAAUACUCUUGCUUUGUUUUAUUCUGUCUGGAGUUGCUUCUGUGCAGCAAAGACAUUGUAGAGGUCUCUUGGUCUCACCUCUCUGGAGAACAACAGCUGCUGUGUCUGGAUGUGCUGGCUGCUAUAUUGACAGACACAUCACAGAAAAGGUGUGAGCCUCUGUCAACCUCCACAAUUACUUUUCUAGUCCACUUUUUCAAGAGUGAGGCAGACAAGAUUUUAUGCACCCAUGCAGGUCAGCUUCAACAAGAUGGUUCUCAGGUGUUAGUGAGACUUGCAAAUUUUGUGUGCACAGCUGCAGCAUCUGAUGCUUGGAGAUACUUGCUUCAACAAGACUCCAGCCUUAUCAUCACAAGUUUGUAUUUAUUGCGGUGCAUGACUGACAUCGGAAAGAUGGGUGGGAAUGCCUUCACACCCCUGAACCAAUUAUCUGAUCUCACUGAUGAAGAACAAAUGGCUACUGCUGAAACUCAUCCUGCUUUUGGCUUCAAAUGUGAUCUCAUUAGGCUAAUUGCAAGCCUUGUGUACAGGCAUAAAGACAAUCAAGAUCAGGUUCGAGAGAUGAAUGGUAUACUUCUGCUGCUGGAGAGCUCACAGUUUGAUGCCAGAAACCCACUGAUAAAGGAGGUAUCCAUUUUUGCUGUACGUAACCUCUUAGAAGGCAAUCUUGAAAAUCAGCUCUUUGUGAAAGGGUUAAAAUUGAAGAGUGUUGCAGAGAAUCCAGGCUUACAGGAGCUUGGCCUAGAGGCAGUCUGUGAAGGAGAGCAAAUCAGACUUGUACAGAGGUCAGGCUCUUCUCCUGAUUAUGAUGAUACAGAGCUCUGACCCAGGUUUCAACAUCAGCUGGAUUGAGUUAUAGAUGUAACAUAAAUCUUAAUCUGAUCUUUAUUGUGUGCAUAUACUGCCUUGGUGAUGUAAUAAAAAAAAUGGUGAAUGAAAGCAAAUAUAAACCCCUUUUUUUUUUUAGUAAACUUUAACAUUAUCUCGU